UUCAAAUGGUCUAGCCACUUCAUUUAUUGAUAGUCAAACAAAGGGAGACUAAUAACUUCAAUAUAACAGAUUUACUGAGUUCAUGAUGAUUUAGUAAUUUCAAUAGGAUUGAAUAUGAAUAUGAGUUAUAUAAGCUUUCGGAACACGUACAUGUAUGGAACAAGAGGGAGGAGGAUACAUGGUAUUCCUGGUAAAAAAGAAAAAGAAAAAAAGAAGGGCUAAUGCAUUUGCAUAGACCUAAAAUUUGAUGUCCUGAAUUACCUUUUCAAUAGUUGGUGUGCAUACUUGUUCCCAUUUCUAUCUAUCCAAACCUUGAAAGAAACCUGAAAGAUAUUUUUCCUUUCCAUGAAGUGUAUGCAGUCUACAAUAUGCUGCCCGUACGUAUGUAAUUCAUUACACAAAGCUGGCUCUUUAUUGUCUGAACCUUUUGAAGCAAGCAAUCGUUCCUAAUUUUUCUGCAAUUAAUCACAUCUGGCACCUCCUAUGGAGUGCAUUUCUCAUGUCUUUUACCUUUACUUGAUGGCCGGGCAGUCAAUUUUUUUUGUUUGUCAGGAUUUGUAUGCAUUAUCCAUUAACUGUUUUUUUUUUUUCUUGACAGAUUAUAGGGGCAACAACUACUAGUACACGUUUUGGAAAGCUGUUAGGAAUGGAAAGCUCAAGAAUCUUUGUCUUCCCUUCUCGUUCUGGUUUGAUUUCAAGUUGAUUAGAGUAGUGCCUGAACAGAAGAUUGUCACUAUUUUCAGAAUAUGGUGGCGUUUUGCUUGAUCUUGAUACAAAGUUCAUCUUCAUGUAUCAUUUAAUCUAUUUAUUUCUGUUGUAAAGAAAUAUUACUUGGUUCAUGUAGAAACAUCUAUUUAUUAAGUAUUAAGACUUGAUCUGGGAUCCAACCAAUCUCUGUCCCCUUGGGGCUUGGGCUACAGAUAAGAUAUAAUUAAUCUGCAAAACAGUAAAGGGGUCUGGGUGUACACAUGCUUCUUAUCUACAGAUAAGAUAUGUGGCCCACAUGCUUCUUAUCCUUCUUUGCUUCAUUGGCUUUGCUGCAUUAUUGAUGAUGUUGGGUGAGGGACUAAAUUAUUCUUAUCAUGCAAGUUGGAGUCUUAAAAGACUAAAAUCAAGUACGAAAGAUUCCUAGAUUACCCUGUCAUGUACAAUAAUGCAUAAUAUAAUGAUUUGAUCGAUCAAGUCUUAAAUGACUGCCAGUGCCUUUCUCUCGUUGUUUUUGUCAUCACAUGACCGAUCUAACACAAAACAACAAGAAUAUGAUGUUACCCAUUCUUGAAUCUUCAACAUUGCAAAGCUUUCACAAAACAAUUCGAUCUGCACUUGUUUUAAUUGCUUUGCUUGCUCCUCUGUUAUCUUCCUGAAACUAAUAACUAUGGCAGUGGGAGAGAUCUUUCUUGCGGCAUUCCUUCAGUUGCUGCUGGACAGGUUAACGCCUCGGGAGAUCCUGGGCUACUUUGGAAGCUUGGGAGGAGCUGGCAAAAAGCUGCAGAAAUGGAGAGAGACACUUUCCGCAGUUGCAGCGGUGCUUUCCGAUGCGGAGGAGAAGCAGCUGACGAGCAAGGCAGUGGAUCUGUGGCUGAAUGACCUGAAACACUUGGCUUAUGAUCUGGACGAUCUACUCAACACCUUUUCUAAUGAGAUGUUAGAACGCGAGCAGCUCAAGCUUCACCAAACUGGCACAAGCAAGGUACGAGGCUUCUUUACCAAAGUUCCUCACAAAGUUAAGUUCAAUUUCAAUAUGAACUCCGAAAUAGACGACAUUGCUAAUCGCUUGCAAGACAUAUUUGACCGGAAAGAGAAACUCGGUUUGAAAUAUAUUGAGCAUACCUCUACUUCAACAUCGUCAUCGCACAGGACACCAAGUUCAUAUGUGUUGGAUGGACCUGUGGUUGGGAGAGAUGAAGACACAAGAAAGAUUGUGGAAUUGUUGUCCAGAGGUGUUGAUCCUUCUUCUCCCACAAAUUAUCAAGUCGUUGCCAUUGUUGGUAUGGGUGGACUCGGCAAGACAACGCUUGCGGGACGAGUCUUCAAUGAUGUAGCUACAGUGGAACAGUUUAAUCUCAAGAUCUGGGUUUCAGUAUCCGAUAACUUUGAUCUUCAAACGGUGACGAGAGCUAUUUUUAAGGAAGUUACAUCUCGGCCUUGUGAUAUGGAUGAGUUCAGUCGACUUCAAGAUAAUCUGAGCAAGAAGAUCGAUGGUAAAAGGUUUUUGAUUGUUUUAGAUGAUGUCUGGAGCACGUGUGAUUAUCAUUCAUGGACAAAACUGCUAGCUCCCUUCUGUGGGGGAGCUAAGGGAAGUAAGAUAAUGGUGACAACACGUGAUAGCCAAGUUGCAACAUCGAUGGGAGCCCCAGCCGCUGAAGUUUUUUUAAAGACUCUAUCAGAUGAAGGUUGUUUGCAAGUAUUUGAGCAGCAUGUUAGCAAUGACAGGCCACCGAAUUAUGACUUGCUUAAGAAGAAAAUUGUUACGAAUUGCAAUGGAUUGCCAUUGGCUGCAAAAACUCUUGGUGGUGUUUUACGUUGUGAAGAAACUGGCAAGUGGGAGGAAAUACUGAAUGAUAAAUUAUGGAGUAUAUCAGAUGGGAGUAAUAUACUCCCAGUACUCAGAUUGAGUUAUCAUGAUCUCCCUUCACCUUUGAAGAGGUGCUUUGCCUAUUGCUCAAUACUUCCCAAUGACUAUGAAUUUGGGAAAACCCAAUUAAUCCUUCUGUGGAUGGCAGAGGGUUUUCUUGAGCAACCAGGAGGAAGUAAAGAGAUGGAAUAUAUCGGUGACGAAUAUUUUGGGGAGCUAUUGUCUCGGUCAUUCUUUCAAAAAUCAGCCAAAAACGAUUCAUGCUAUGUAAUGGAUGGCGUUGUUGGUGAUUUGGCACGAUGGGCUGCUGCAGACAUAUUUUGCAGAUUGGAGGAUAAACCGCAUGGUAGAUGUUCUGCAAAUACUCGUCAUCUGAGUUACAUUUCUGCUAAGUUUGAUGGGAAACAAAGAUUUGAGGAGACAUUGCCUAAGGCACAACACUUGCGGACUUUCCUACCUCUUCCAGUUUCCAGUGGUUAUGAGAAUUAUCUAACUCAUUAUGCUACUUCUGAUUUAUUGCCACAAUUGAAGUACUUGCGGGUGCUCUCCUUCAAUGGUUAUAAACUGACCGAGCUGCCAGGUUCUGUAGGCAAGUUGAGACAUCUACGGUACCUUGAUCUUUCUCACACAUUGAUAAUGACUUUGCCUGAGUCAACAUGCACACUUUACAACUUACAGACGUUAAUAUUAGAGAAUUGUUCAAAAUUGAAGACACUACCUUCAAACAUGAGCAAUUUAUCUAAUUUACGCCAUCUCAACAAUUCAAACAUGCCUUCAUUGGAUGAAAUGCCUCCCCACGUAAGUCAGUUGACUCAUCUGCGAACUUUGCCUAAUUUUGUGGUGGGGAAAGGUAGUGCAUCAGGGAUUGGAGAGAUACAGUCAUUGCAUCUUCGUGGGACCUUGAGUGUUGGAAGAUUGGAAAAUGUGAUUGAUGUUGGGGAUGCGAAGACGGCUCAAAUAAUGAACAAGGAAGGGCUGGAAAUCUUGCAAUUGGAAUGGAGCGGCACAGGCGAGAAGGAGUUGGAGGUGCUGUGCAGUUUAGAACCUCAAAAAAAGCUUCUACAUCUCACUAUCAAAGGUUACAAUGGUUUUGAAUUUUCAAAAUGGAUUGGACAUCCUUCAUUCUCUGAUAUGAUAUCUGUGAAGUUAGAGAAUUGUAAAAACUGUCGAUUUUUGCCUCCUGUUGGCCAAUUACCUUUGCUGAAAAAACUUUGGAUACAAGGACUGGCCAAUGUUAAAAGUGUGGGUGCUGAGUUUUAUGGAGAGUGUAGCUUGCCUUUUCCAGUGUUGGAAGUCCUGACGUUCAAGGAUAUGCAAAAUUGGAAGGAGUGGCUUCCUUGCAAAAGAGAUGAAGAAAUUCGAGUUUUCCCAUGCAUGGAAAAGCUUUCCGUCCUUAGUUGCCCCAAAUUGAAAGGUUGGUUGCCCAAGAACAUGGAUUCAUUAUCAGAGCUGUAUAUUGAUGAAUGUGAAGAGUUAGUGGUUUCAAUUGCCAAUUAUAAACAUAUACAUAAGUUGACCAUCAACGGUUGUAAAAGGGUGGUGCACAGAAGUGGAGUUAAGUUUGAGCUACUGGAGGAUAUGGAGCUUCAUGGUAUUUCAGAGUUCAGACUCGAAAUAGACGGGUUCAUCAGAGGAUUGCCAAAGCUUCAAACUUUACGGAUUACUGGUUGUGAAGAGUUGACAUGUUUAUGGGAGAAUGAGGAUAGAUUGCUGCAGCGUCGAAUUUCUAAUAUUAUUGGAGGCAACAUAUCUGACUCCCCCUCUCACUUUAUUCAAGAGCUAAGAGCACUCAAGGAACUUGUGCUAACUGGAUGCUCAAAUCUAAUUUCUUUUCCAGAAGCUAGUUGGCCACCUUGUCUUGAAAAUGUAAAGAUGGAGUCGUGUAAUUCUUUGACAUAUUUCGUAAGGUAUCAAGUACCGCCAAGCAUAAGAAGAAUAGAGAUAGAAAAAUGUCAAAAUUUGAAACUACUAGUGAAGGAUGCUGGGGAGCUAGAGGGUUGUAUGGAAUGGUUGGAGAUAAAAGAGUGUGCAUCUUUGACAUCCUUAUCAGGCAAAGGAGGCCGACUACCCAGAACCCUCAAAUUUCUUAGAAUAAGUGACUGUGACCGAUUGGAGUCAAUAAUCGAAACAUUCCACGAGGACACUUGUCUUGAAGCUCUUACGAUAGAGAGGUGUGCAAAUCUCAAAUCCUUACCAGAGGGGCUAUGCCAUCUCUCCGCUCUUCGCAUUUUAAUUAUACGCAAUUGUGGAAGUCUCGUUUCCUUCCCAAGAGGAGGGUUGCCAUCCAACCUGAUAGACUUUUGUAUUGAAGAUUGUGAUCAAUUGGAAGCCCUCCCCAGAGGAAUGGACAACCUCAGCUCUCUUCAGACUUUGAUGUUGAGAUACUAUGGAGGUUUCCCACCCAACCUAAUUACUCUUCGAAUUGGCAAUUGCAAAAGCUGCAAGCCUCUCUCAGAGUGGGGGCUUCACCACUUGGACAGAGUCACCUCUCUUAAACACUUGUGGAUCAAUGGUGUAGAUCCAGAUCUGGUGUCCUUUCCGCCAAAGGAGGUGCUGCUCCCUAAAUCUCUUAUUGAACUCACCAUUCGAGGCCUCCCAAAUCUGAAGCGCCUGUCAUCAUCUUUUCAAUCACUCUCCUCUCUUGAAUCCCUUAACAUUUGGGAUUGCCCAAAGCUAGCAUCUAUUAUUCCAGAAAAAGAGGAUCAUCUGCCUCUUUCACUUACACAGCUUCGCAUCUAUCAUCACUGUCCGCUGCUCACAAAGAAAUACCAACCAGGUAAAGGACGACACUGGCCCAAAGAAAUAGCCCACAUCCCUUACGUUUAUUUUGGAGACUACGGUGACGAAGCCGAAGCCGACCGCUCGGCAUAGAAAUCAAACUAUAGAGCCGCAAGACGUACAAGGUUGAGCAAUGGACCAGCUCAAGAGUCUUGAUCCACGCACCCUACUAAUUCUGGAUUAAGGGCAGCAGCAAUUAAGAGGUGGAGAAAGUUGUUUGCAAUGAGAGCACCUCAAGAAUUUUGAUCUGGGCUUCUAGUUCUGGUUCAAGAUUGUCAGUCAAGAUUAUGAUAGCUAAUGAGGUAUUUAAGCGUGCCGCUACCGUUUCAGGGUGUUGAACUUCUGGUAAGAAUAAAGUGACUCCGCAUAAAACUGGAGUUUUGAAGCUUGUUGUGGGAUGUUGCAUGCGUGUUGAAGGUCAGCUUCUUCGAGCGCGGUUGUGGGAACAGAGUAGGCUUCAGAACUAAAGGAGCAAAUUUUUUUGUAAAAUCAAUCUUCUAUUAUUUCUUUUCUUGUCAGGGACAAAUAGAGUGAAAUUGAGAUUGAGUGUGUUUAAGGAAAAGAGAAUUCGAGAGAGAAUUGUGUGUAAUAUUAUUGAGAAUAGGAGCCCUAUAUAUAGGGAUUACAAAGUACAUGUUCUAAUAUUACAAGGAAUACUAAUCCGAGUGGGA